GCCGCUCUCAGUCAGUCAGUCUCUGACACACUAGUCCCGAGAUUCUCGAGCUAAUGUGUGAUUGUAGUGAACAAAACCACCUGUUUGGAAGUAUAUAUACCCUCAUUGGACUAAAGUGACGCCAUAUCUGACUGAAAAGGAGGGGUGAAGAGAUAAACCGGCUUUUAAAACUCAGGGGAAAGAGGAGGCAGACGGGUCAGGACUGACGAGAGGGAGAGGUGACCCUACUACAAUCAGAAGGAUUUAUCCUGGACUGACUGGCAAACACUGUUGUGGCUCCCUGUUUGGAGACGCUGCUGACCUCAGCCCUUCUGCCAUGGUCCCAGCCCACACACCAUGAAGAAAGCACCCCUCCUAACCCUCAGCCCACACAUAAACACACUCCCACACACAUACAACACACCACCACAGCAAUGAUGACCACCUCAUACAUGAACGGAUACGUGACUGAAUCGGAGGGCGGGGGAGGGAGCGGCGGAGGCACUGACACCAUGGAGGAGGUAGUGCAGAGGCACAGGGAGAUGGCAGUGGACUGCCCCGGAGACCUGGGUGCCCGCACCCUGCCCGUCAGACGCAGCGCUCAGCUUGAACGGAUCCGCCAGCAGCAGGAGGACCGUAGGAGGCGCGAGGAGGAGGAACGCAAGGAGCUCGACCUUAACUCCUCCAUGCGCCUCAAGAAGCUCUCCCAGAACCCCAAGGUGGGCAUCGAUAACCCCACCUUUGAGCAAAUGGAAGGUCCUGGGGGCUCCAUAGGAGGUCUGCAGAGCCUCACCGCACCACCAGCCCUAUUAGAGCUGGAGGACCUGUUGAUGUCCCUGAAGCAGGUGCAGCAUUGUUUGAAUGACUCUCAGAGUCAAGAGGACGUGGAGCUGGUUCUACAGCUGGUCCAGAAGCCAGACUUCCAGAAAGCCUUCAGCAUCCACAACGCUGUGGCCCAUUACAUGAACCGGCCCAGCCCUCCCUUCCCCUUGACUGACCAUGCACAGAGCCUCACACAAGAGGUCCAGGCCAUGCUGCACAACAGCUCACAGAAGGAGGGAUUGGAGCUAAGCUCUCUGCUCACGACUCCUCAUGUGCAGGCUCUUAUGAUGGCCCAUGACAGUGUGGCUGAACAAGAGAUGCAGCUGGAGCCUCUUGUCCCUUCAGUUAUUGCAAGUGAGACUCUCACCCAGUGGGCCGGAGAGACCGUCAAGAUUGUGCGGAUUGAGAAGGCCAAGGACAUCCCACUGGGAGCAACUGUGAGAAACGACAUGGACAGUGUGGUCAUCAGCCGCAUUGUAAAAGGAGGGGCGGCAGAACACAGUGGCCUGCUGCAUGAAGGAGACGAGAUACUGGAGAUCAAUGGCGUGGAGAUCCGCGGCAAAGACGUCAAUGAAGUCUUCGACAUACUGUCUGACAUGCAUGGUGUGCUGACUUUCGUUCUGAUCCCCAGCCCACAGAUCAAACCACCUCCCAUUAAAGAGACAGUGGUGCAUGUGAAAGCACAUUUUGACUAUGACCCCUCAGACGACCCCUAUGUACCGUGUCGAGAGCUCGGCCUUUGCUUUCAGAAGGGAGAUAUCCUCCACAUCAUCAGCCAAGAUGACCCCAACUGGUGGCAGGCCUACAGAGAUGGGGAUGAAGACAACCAGCCUCUCGCUGGCUUGGUCCCUGGCAAAAGCUUCCAGCAACAGAGAGAGGCAAUGAAGCAAACCAUAGAAGAGGAUAAAGAGCCUGAAAAAGCUGGAAAACUUUGGUGUGCUAAAAAGAACAAGAAGAAGCGAAAGAAGAUGCAAUACAACGCUAACAAAAAUGAUGACUUUGAUAAUGAAGAGAUUCUCACAUAUGAAGAGAUGGCACUGUACCACCAGCCAGCCAAUCGAAAGCGGCCCAUUGCUCUAAUCAGCCCACCCAACUGUGGGCAGAAUGAGCUCAGACAAAGACUCCUCUCCAGUGAGCCGGACAGGUUUGCUGGUGCUGUCCCUCACACCACACGAAACCGUCGCGAUAAUGAGAUGAGCGGUCGCGACUACCACUUUGUGUCCCGUCAGGCCUUUGAGAUGGACUCUGCGGCAGGGAAGUUCAUAGAGUCCGGAGAGUUUGAAAAGAACCUCUACGGCACCAGUACCGACUCGGUCCGACAGGUUAUCAACACUGGCAAAAUUUGCCUUUUGUGUGUGCACACUCAGUCUUUAAAGGUGUUGCGCAGCUCGGACCUCAAGCCCUACGUCAUAUUCAUCGCUCCCCCAUCCCAGGAACGAUUGAGGGCCCUUUUAGCAAAAGACAACAAAAACCCAAAGCCUGAGGAGCUGAGAGACAUAAUUGAGAAGGCUCGGGAGAUGGAGCAGAACUACGGCCACCUGUUUGACGCUGCCAUCGUGAACACCGACUUGGACAAGGCCUACCAGGAGCUGCUCCGACUCAUCAAUAAACUAGACACUGAACCUCAGUGGGUCCCUUCAUCCUGGCUGCGCUGAGAUGAACCCCACUCAGACAUUGACCCAUCCACAGGCGGUUGUAAACGAAGAAUCUUACAUUCUCUGGUUUCAUAGAGUUGAAUGAAUGCUGCUUACUCUAGGCCAUGUUUUUACACUACAAGAUUCAACACUAUUAAAGAUAAGGACACUACGCCACCUCAGACCUUGACAGAAGUGUCUGCACUGUGCUGUCAACAGGCUGGGGAAAUUAGUUUUAAUGUCAUAAUAUGUUUGAUCAUGGUGUGUAUUUGAGUCCAAUUACCCACAUUCCAGAGAGUUACCAGCACUUGGUGCAGAAGUAGAUUUAGGGCUUCUAUACUGCUUUUGAUAACUAUUUAUGAUUGUAAAUAUUCUGUAUGUGUUUUUAAAGAUGAGAAACAAACCCUUUUAAAAGUUUGAUGGGGAGAUUUCUUUGCUGGACAAGUAAGUGUCACAGGGGCUCCGCCAAACUCGGACAAGAUGUUUGUACUCUUUAUUAUUCUCUCCAUCACCUUAAACAUCGGAUGUACAAUGUUACAAGGAUACCCAGCAGUGAGUUCAGUGUCUGUCACAUCUGAAUAACUCUUCCAAGCUUCCAAAACACUAAAAGGGAUGAAUGUUCGUAUGACUGCAACAGAACCCAAAGCCUCUGCCUUCAAUCCCAGCGGCGCUGCCUCAGUGUUCCUAUGGCAACCAACACUGAUUAUGACAGAGUUAAAUAUUUAAACUUCAGGUUAAAUGUUGUUUUGAGUGUUUGCAAGGCCACAUCUAUAAUAAGAGCUACUUGUAAGUUGCUGAAUGUAACUGUGCUUUUGUCUCAGUAUUCACAUGCACUUCCAGCACUCAGAAGUGUAACCAGUAUUGUAAACUGUAUUUGAUAGCAAUACAGUGAGGUUCACGAUCUGAGUGUCCACACAGCCUAGUCUUAGUCAAUGCUCAUGCAGAACUUAAAAUAAUGUUUCUUGAUCAAGUGAUAUUCCUUUAAUUGUUAUGGAAGAUUGUUGUAUUUUUACCCAUAGGCUUUCAAUUUGAGCAAGCUGGCUUGUGCUGUAACUUCAUGGUCAGUUAUUUGGAUGGAUCUCAUGAAACCUGUCAAGAACAUGUCUGUCUUGUUUCACCCCAAAAUCAAAAGAAAGAAAUUAAGACAUGAGAUUUGUUUAAAGAAAAUCAAACUAGUUUUAGAACCAUUACGUUUUUUGCCAGUCACUUUUUAAUCUUUUUUAAACAUCACGGUAGUAUUUGUAGUACUGCCUUUUAUGGCGAUUUAAAUAAUAAAAUCGUUGUAUAACAGUAAGAGAUUACUGUAUUACAGUAAUAAGAAUAUUAACAAAAAUAACCUUUUAGAAUAAUGAGAAUUACAAAAAAAUGUCCAGACGCUUUGUGGUAUUGAGAAAAUGUUGCCAUUGAAAUGUCACAAUGUGAAAUCUUAAUUGUCCUAAAAAUAGGCUUCAGUUUCUUUAUGCAAACAUUAGAUAUAUGUUUUCCAUUUGAUUUUGGGGUGAAAUGCUUUCACGUUUUCAUGAGAUUCACAUGUUAGUUUUCCAUGACUUUCUUCAAUGAUCAAAAGUGUGAAACAUCAGGUCCAUGUUGAAGUGAUGUGUGUGUGCUUGAGCGUAUGCUUGUGAAUGCCUGAUUUAUGUGUGUGUUUGGCCCAUGAGAGCAAAUGCUGGAAGUAGGGAACGCUUGAUCAUGAUCGAUAGAAAACUCAGUCUAAGUGUGCAUUAUUGAAAAUAACCCUUUUUAAAGGAAGGACUGAGUUAUUGCAGGCAAGUAUUCUCUCUAUAGCUGAGACAAGCACACGGUGGAAACCGCUGAGAGAUUUGUCCUGCAAAGCUGUUUUUACUGUUGUUGUUUUUUCUCAAAAUAAUCAAUGUGUAUGUAGAAAACAACCUAAAUAUUUUUUUUUAAAUUACAGAAUAGUUCAGCCACAUAGAAACCACACUCUUAAACUUUUUACACUUGUGCACUACAGUUUGGUUUUCUGUUUUAGUUUCUGUUCUGAGUGUGGACAGAGACAUUAACCUGCUGUGCAUCACCUCAGUCUCAUGUGGUUUAGUUACAUGCCAGCGAACUGGAAGUAGAAUUAAUGAAUGUAAAAAAAAAGGAAUUGCCUUUCCUUCUCAACUGUUUUAUAUGAAUUAUACAAUUGAAUUAAAGCCCAGAUUAAUA